AUGGCUCGUGAAACUGUCCACAAGGAUCACCCACUACAGCGCCAUCCUCGACGUGCUCGUCCAGCACCACCCCGAUCCGUGGUCAACCACGAAGCCCUGGCGUCGUGUGUGGCCAAGAGUCUCACUCGAAUUGCCGACACGCUGGCCAGUGUCGAAAUAACUGCCGUUCUGUACCCGACCGAGCAGAUGAAGCUCGCCCUCGCCGAGAUAUAUGCCCACAUGAUCCGUUUCUUUCUCCGCGCCCAAGACUGGCUGACGGAGAGUAGCUGGAUGCGAGCGCUGCACUCGGUCACGCACCCAAAGGAACUCCGAUACGAUGAUAUCCUGCAGGACAUAACCGCCGCCACGACGCAUUUCCAGAGGCUCGCGGUUGCUGCGUCACAGGCAGAACAGCGCGAUAUUCAUCCUCGGCUCAAGCAGCAACUAACCGCCGCCGCAGGUCACCAACAGAUCAACGCAAGCGCCAUGUACAACACCAAUACGGCCCUCACCGACCUCCAGUUCUCCUCUAUACUCAACUCCCUCAGCAACCCCCCCCUCGACGACCCAGACAAAGUCCUCCAGCAAGCCACCUUCCUCCGAAGCCGUGCCGCCCUCCAUCGCAAAGCAACCCACGAUGCCUUCUGGCUCCAUCCACGCUUCCAAACCUGGUCUGAAAGCAGUUCCUCCAACCUCGUCAUGGUGCAGGGCACUUUUUCCGGGCGCUCCGCCAUGCGAGCCUGCCUAAUCGACGCCAUCGACGCGAUCCGACAAGCCAAUGCCACUGCACUCUGGGCGCUCAAAACGUCCGACCCCGCGGCAGUAGCCCCCCACUCGGGAGCAUCCAUAUCCAGUGUCGAACUACUCAAGUACCUCACCGCGCAGGCGCUGCGCCUCGGUGGCCCGCCGUCUACCACCACCGAGCGCACUCUGGCGCUCAGCUGCGCCCGCUUUCAGACUGCCCGUGGGGAGCGCGAGUGGAUUGGCCUGCUGGCGGGUAGUCUAGCAAGCAUGGGAAGCAAGCAUGUUUUCAUAGUGGUCGAUGUCGAGCUGCUUGGGCGGGAGGCUGCCGCGGGCAUUGCACAGUGCAACGAGACCCGCGGCAGCAGCAGCGACAGGUUCACGCUGCCCGAGUCUUUAAAAGAACUAUUUGCGCAAGUGAAGGCUCGGGCACCCGGCAUUGUGGUCAAGGUCUUGUUGGUGAGCUACGGGUCGCCGCUGUUUCGUGCGAUCAGUGACGUGUAUCGGGAGGAUGUGUUGCUUGCGGGGAGGCCGAGGCCGCAGCGCUCGAGGGCAGCGGGCAGAGCCGCCCACGGAGGGUUGGGUAUUAGACGCGGCCAGCUGCGGAGAAAGCUUGGACUAUAA